AGAUGCCAAAUUAGACAAAGUUAGAUGUUUGAAGGUCGGAAAGGAACAAAAUGAAACUAUCAAAUUCAUUCAAUGCAAACAAACCACUAUCCACUACACCAAUUUUCCAGAUCCCCUUGUCUUCCCCCAACGAAUUGCAACAUAUGAUUCAUUAACAUACACACAAUCACCGAAAAAAAAUUCCAAUUCCAAAUUCAGUUUGAGUUUUACCCGUGUUGUUCACGUGUGCCUGAUUACUUUCACGGAUCUCAGAUUCCCGGAGCCAACGAUUCCAUUGAAUUUCCAAGACGGGAAAAGAAAAUGUACGUGAAAGCGGCACAGUCAUCGUUCCGGGAUCGGACGCAUGAAUUCCACAACAUCACUGAGAGGUUGAAGAAGUCCGGAUCAGGGCCCACUGGACCCAGCAGUAGCAGUCAUUCCAGAUCGGAGGAACAGCGAUCGGCGAUCGCAAAUCAAUCGGAUUUCAAUAGAAGGGCUUCCAAAAUUGGCUUCGGAAUUCACCAAACGUCUCAGAAGUUAGCCAAGCUCGCCAAGUUGGCGAAAAGGACUUCUGUUUUUGAUGACCCUACCAUGGAAAUCCAAGAGCUUACUGGUGUUAUUAAGCAGGAUAUCACUGCUUUAAACUCUGCGGUGGUGGAUCUUCAGUUGCUGUGCAACUCUAGGAAUGAGAGUGGAAAUGUUUCUGUGGACACAACGAGCCAUUCGAGCACCGUGGUGGAUGACUUGAAGACGCGGUUGAUGAGCGCCACCAAAGAGUUUAAGGAUGUUCUCACCAUGAGAACUGAGAACAUGAAAAUGCACGAGAAUAGAAGACAGUUGUUUUCUUCUUCUGCUUCUAAGGAUUCAGCUAAUCCUUUCAUCCGGCAACGGCCCUUGGCUGCUAAGGCGGCAGCUAGUAGUUCUAAUGCCCCUGCUGUUCCCUGGGCUAACGAGUCACCAUCUUCAUCUCAGGUGUUUCCCAAGAAGCGAAUGGACACGGAGAGUCAACCAUUGUUGCAGCAGCAGCAGCAGCAGGAUGUAGUUCCAUUACAAGACAGCUACAUGCAAAGCAGAACCGAAGCUCUUCAGAAUGUUGAGUCCACUAUUCAUGAGCUUAGCAGCAUUUUUAAUCAGCUAGCGACGCUUGUUUCCCAACAAGGAGAGAUUGCCAUCAGGAUUGAUGAAAACAUGGAUGAUACAUUGUCAAACGUAGAGGGAGCACAAGGGGCUUUGUUGAAAUAUCUGAACAGUAUAUCUUCUAAUCGGUGGUUGAUGAUCAAAAUUUUCUUUGUAUUGAUAUUUUUCCUUAUGGUUUUCUUAUUUUUUGUGGCAUAGACAUUGGUAUGGCAGAGAAAUGAAAACAAACACACGAGUGGCAGCCUUCUGUAUUUAUUUAA